AUGACCAGAGUGUGCCCUUGCAAGAAGAGCACCAUACUCAUCUACAACGCGUGCCAGCUGCAUCACUUCAUCGAGAGCUUCUUCGGCGCCGUCGACGCGUCGAUUGUGGUCUCCUUGGUGAACUCGCAGAACGCGACGCAGCAGGAGCAGUUCAAGGCGCGGCUCGGCGCGCUUAUGGGCAAGGUCAUGGAGAGGGCGGCGUACGCAUCCCCGCGGAUGUUGGCGGUCAGCUCAGCCGCGGUGACACCCUUCAUGAACGUCUACGGCAUGGCGCAGUGCACGCGGGACCUCGUAGGCGAUGACUGCAACCGUUGA